CCAAACAAAUUCAUUUUUUCUGCCAUCAUCUUUCUUUCUCUUACUCUCUACCAAUCUCUUUCUCAGACACAUACACAGUUUAGUGUUGAGGAGUGUGUGUCAGCUGAGAAAAUCUUGUUCAAGUGAAAAUGGGCAGGAAGUGCUCACAUUGUGGAAACAUUGGUCACAAUUCUAGGACCUGCACAUUUUCCAGAGGCGUUGGACUUCGCCUCUUUGGCGUGCAACUAGAUAUUUCUUCUUCAUCACCUUCUCAUCAUUUUACCAUCAAGAAAAGCGUUAGCAUGGACUCCUUUCCCUCACCAUCCUCUCCAUCUUCCUCGUUUUCUUCAUCAAGAAUAGCCAUUUUUGAUGAUAGAACCUCUAUUGGCUAUCUAUCAGAUGGUCUUAUAGGUCGACCCCAAGACAGGAAAAAAGGAGUUCCCUGGACAGAGGAGGAGCACAGAAUAUUCCUUGUUGGACUUGAGAAGCUGGGAAAAGGUGACUGGAGAGGAAUCUCUAAAAACUUUGUGACUACAAGAACCCCAACACAAGUGGCCAGCCAUGCUCAGAAGUACUUUCUUCGAUUGGCAACUAUAGCUAACAAGAAGCGACGUUCAAGCCUCUUUGACUUGGUUGAUAGCAGCAACACCAAGAUAGAAGGUUAUCAGAAGGAUAAGGGGUCUAAAUGUGAAGUUGGGAAUGAUGCCACUUUGUCAUUGAUAACUAAUUACUUUCAACAAGAAAAAACCAAAUCAGAUAAGCAAGAAACUUGUGAUGAUGAUCACACAUCUGAAAUUGAACCAUCUGGUGCAGAACAUGAAGCUGUGCCUAUCUGGCUACAUUCUUCAAAUGUGGCAGUACAGAGUUCCCAAAAUGCAACAGCACCUGACCUGGAGCUUACUCUUGCAGCACCUAAGGUUAUGAUGCUGGAACAAAAUGAAUCAUCCCCUGCAGCUCAAUUCCUGCUUGGACCAAUUACCGUGACUUAAACUGUUAAAUUUUAUAAAUGUUCUUAAUUAAAUAACAAUUUAUCCUUUUUUGUUGUUGUCAUGUGUACAAUCAUGCAGAAGAACAUCUCAUAAAAGAAACAGGUUUUUCUUCGCACUA